AUGCGACUGGUGCUGGCGGCGUUGCGUGGGCGGGGCGUGGGCGAUGCGUGGGCGGCGUCGAGCGCCGGGGCGACAGGGCGUGGCCGGCACCCUCCCGCCGUGGCCGCGCGCCUCGUCCUCGCGCUGCGCUCGCACUUCAGCACCGACUGCGUCUUCCUGGCGCGCGCACCGGGCCCCGUCGACCUGGAGGCGUCGUGGCAUCUGCGCACCCUGGCGGCGGCACUGGCGGUGGCUGAGAGCGCAGGCGCGGGGGCGGUCGCGGGCGUGCCGUGGGCCUCCGCGUCGCUGCGCCCCGCCGCCCUCGCCGCCCUCACCAGACUGCGCUGCCGUCGCAACCGCCCGCUGCUCGUGGUCGCUCCCGACGCCAGCGGACGCCUCCUCCGCGCCUUGCAAAAGAAACCCAAAACGCAGCUGGUGCCGACGCGCGAGAGCACGGGCGGCGCGCCGCUGGGCGGUGGCAACUGGAGCGGGCUGAUCGGGGUGCUGCUGCAGCGGCAAGCGGGCGCGGCGCUCAACCGCAUCACGCUCACCACCGCGCGCCAGGAGGCGGCCGCCUUCACCGUGCCCAUCCUCACCACG